AUGGGGCCCUUGGAGGCAUCCGCGCAGCGAGCUGCCCUCCAGCACUCAGCUCAGGCUGGCACCAGUGCAAAAGUCCCCACUGCUGCCUCCAUGCGCCUAAUGCAGGCCGGGUCACCCGGGACCUCGGUGCUGAACUUAACCUGCACCACCCACACCUGGGCCAGCGAGGACCCGCCAAGGCGGUACCUGGUUUCCCUCUGCUGCUCCUGGCUGCUGGGUGAGGCCGCCCCUGAGGACGGCCAGUACUUCCUCUACUACAGGUACGGUGCGAGGACCGAGGCCUGCCAGGAGUACGGCGUGGACGCGCUGGGGAGGCACGUGGCCUGCCGUGUCCCCAGCACCUUCAUCAGCAGCAAGGGCCUGGAGUGGCUGGCCGUGCGCGUGAACGGCUCCAGCCGGCGGGCGGCCAUCCGGCCCCUGGACCAGCUCUUUGCCCUUCCUGCCAUCGAUCGAGUCAACCCCCCGGGGAACGUCACGGCCACUGCGGAAGGAAGCUGCCUGUCCGUCCACUGGGAGAAGCCCGUCUCCGCCUUCCCCACGCAUUGCUUUGACUAUGAAGUGAGGAUCCACAAUGAGAGGAAGGACUACCUCCAGACGGAGAAAAUGCAAAACACCACGUUCGUCGGGAUCACGGACGGGGCUUCCCGGCACGCCAUCCGAGUCCGGGCGGCGGUGAGCGCGCGGUGCAGACCCCAGGGCUCCUGGGGGGAGUGGAGCCGGACUGUCUACGCGGGGACUGACGAGUGGAGGCCGUGGACUGGGUGGCUCCUCACUGUGCUGAUGGCCACCGCCUGCCUCGGGCUGCUGCUGCUCUCCCUGGCCUGCAGGCUGUGUCACCUGUGGCCCCGGCUGUUCCCGCCAGUCCCUGCACCGAAAAAUACCAUUAAAGAUUUCUUCAUGGCCCUCGAGUACGAGGUAAGGGAGGCCACGCUGGAGGCUGCCUGA